CUGGACCUGAUCUUGCCAGGCGAGGAGGGGGACUCUAGCAGUUUUCUGCCGAACGGCGAGUGGACGCUGCUGGGUGUGCCCGGGGUGCGAAACGAAAUUACUUACGCCUGUUGCCCACAAACAUAUAUCGAUGUAACGUAUAAGAUAUUGAUCAGAAGAAGAACGUUGUACUAUUUCUCCAAUCUGAUAGUGCCGUGCGUGCUGAUCGCUUCAAUGGCCGUGCUGGGGUUCACGCUGCCGCCGGACAGCGGCGAAAAGCUCAGCUUAGGCGUUACCAUCCUUCUCUCGCUGACUGUGUUUUCUCUAAUGAUAAGCGAUGCUUUGCCGGAGACUUCCGACGCGGUGCCCCUCAUAGGAACGUACUUUAACUGCAUAAUGUUCAUGGUGGCGUCGUCGGUGGUCAGCACGGUGCUGAUACUCAACUACCACCAUCGUUCCGGCGAAACCCACGAGAUGGCGCCGUGGGUGCGCAGCUUGUUCCUGCAGUGGAUGCCGUGGCUGCUGCGCAUGUCGCGGCCGGGCGAGAAGAUCACGCGCAAGAACAUCAUGAUGAACAACAAGAUGAAGGAGCUGGAGCUGAAGGAGCGCUCCUCCAAGUCGCUGCUGGCCAACGUGCUGGACAUGGACGACGACUUCCGGGGCGCGGGUGCGCAGCAGGCCAACUCGGCCAGCUACAUCCGGCUGCCGGGUCAGUCGGUGGACGACCUGACCAUGCACAGCUGCCUGGCCGGCUGCAGCCGCGAGCUGCAGCUGAUCCUCAAGGAGCUGCGGACUAUCACCGACAAGAUGCGCAGUGACGACCACGAGGCCGAAGUCACCGGCGACUGGAAGUUCGCCGCCAUGGUGGUGGACCGCAUGUGCUUGAUCGUGUUCACGCUGUUCACGAUCGUGGCGACCGUGGCCGUGCUGCUGUCAGCGCCGCACAUCAUCGUGCCGUGACGCGGCCGUCG